AUGGCAUCGAUUGGAAAUGCGGCCCGGCAGGUUCGGGACCGGGUCCUUAGCGAACGAUCGAUACGCGUGCUCGUGACGCCCACGCCAAUCACCUUUGCCGAGCGCCGCUCCGUGCUGCAGGUGCUGGAGCAGUAUGGCCCUGUCGAGUUCUUCAAGAUGACGCCCGCAAUCUGUGGAAUCAUCAUGCAGGGCUAUCAUGCCAACUUCGUAUCCAUCACCAAAGAGUCCACGACGGCAGAGCGAUUGGUUGCCAGCAGCCCUCUCACAUACAAAAUCACGGAGCCUGUUCGCAGCGCCGUGGAAGACAUCUACGUCGCCGAUCUAGACGAACCCGAGAGCUUCAGCACAGCCCAGCCGACGAUAACAGGGGAGCAGAGGCGCAAUGCGAGCCCGUUGCCCAACGGAAUCAAUCAGAGACCGGAAGAGGGCCUGAAGCAAGGGCAGCGGGAGUUUAUGCUGGAAAUCUUCCCUGUGCCCGAAUUCAACCACAGAUUUGCCAUGGCCGGAUCACUGCUGCACGGCUCCUGGCCUGAGGGUUACGAAGGGGAUCAGUCCUUCAUCGCGACGACACUGCAGCAAUCGCUGCCCAAGAGCAUCGCCAGCAAGGGCCUUGUGCACUGGAUGGUAGGUCCAAGCCCUCGGAUGGUGGCUCCAGACAUCAGGCCAAAGAAUCCUCGCAAGGAAAGGAGGCUGCAAAUCAAGGGAUGGCUGCCCAGCCUGAUGAAGAAGGGCACGACUGAGUAAGCCAGCGGGAUCGUCGUUUGCGAUAUUACUAGAUGCGCGCAGGGCUGCUGCAACGAGGAGGAGGA